CUCCCCCCCCCCCUUUUUGAUAGGACACAAAAAGGGAAACCGAAAAAGGGAAGCGAAACUGAUAAAACUUGUUGAAACACCUCCUCCCUCCAUUCUUCUCUGAUUUCUCGCUCCUUCUCUCAUCCCAGGACCCAUUUUCCCCCCGUCGUUUGUUGUUUAGCGGGGCAGUUUUUUUAUUUGCAUGAGUUAGGUGUGCAAUCACGAUGCAGCCAUUUUUUACGACGGCGAGGGCUGUUGGGUCCUUCGUCCGCCGUAGUAACUGCGUGAGGUCUGCCAAGAACGGUGGGCAGUCGCGGAUGUUAUUCAAUCAGACUAGGUGCUUGAGUGGCAUUGCUCCGGUCCAUGAAUCGCUCCUUGCUAACAAGGAUUUUAAUACUUUGAUGGGAAGAAUGUGUUGCAGCAGUGCUGUUCAAAGGAGGAGUUUUCUUGGUUGUGUAGACGGAGAAGAGGGCGGUAUUCUAUCUAAAGUUUAUGAGGAACGGCGCAUUAUAGGGUACUCCCCAGAGCAGUUAUUUGAUGUAGUUGCAGCUGUUGACUUAUAUCAUGGAUUUGUCCCCUGGUGUCAACAGUCAGAGAUAAUUCAACGAUAUCCAGAUGGAUCAUUUGAUGCUGAGUUGGAGAUUGGUUUCAAAUUUCUUGUUGAAAAUUAUGUUUCCCAUGUGGAGUUAAACAGGCCAAAGUGCAUAAAGACAACUGUGUCAGAAAGUUCUCUUUUUGAUCACUUGAUAAAUAUUUGGGAAUUCAAUCCGGGUCCAAGUCCUGGAACUUGCAACCUCUAUUUUUUGGUGGAUUUCAAAUUCCAGUCACCACUUUAUCGUCAGGUGGCUUCCAUGUUCUUUAAGGAGGUGGUCUCUCGACUUGUUGGAUCCUUUAGCGAGCGUUGUCGAUUGAUAUAUGGACCAGGUGUCCCAAUACUUGAAAACUCUUACGAACAAAGGGUUUGAAGGUUCACCUUUUCAUUCAACUUGAUUUUUUUUCCAAAUGAAAUCCUGUGCAGUGUAUCUCAAACACAGUUGAAAUAAAAACCAAUGGCCUCAUCCACCGUGCCUACUGGAUGGUUCUGGUUAUGUAAAGUUAACAAUCUCUUUUAUUUUUUUCCCAUUUCAUUUAAUUUUAUAUUCAUGUGAUUAUUUUCAGUUCCUUGAAGUUAUAAGGCAUACCGGAUCUUCAUCUUU